AAGUUUGGUACUGGUGUAGCUUUCUCGGCGGUUCCAGUAGCAGAUUGAUUAACAAAAUUGGUCACGGGCUAUUACAGGAACUAGCGACACUUCUUAAUUUUUCUUAAGAGUAUUGUGAAGAAGGGAGAUGCUCGAUAUAUGGCUGAGGGAGAACUAUACAAGUUAUGUAGGGUGAUGCACCUCUGAACAUGGUAAGAUCCAUCAAUCAGCAUUGGUGUAGUUGCCUACAUAGAACGUUGAUUUGCAUCAUCAUGUAGCUUCGCAUGGGUGGCCUGGAACUUUGCAGGCGUUUCUGAAGACAUCUCGAAUCAGCUAAACGAGAAGACACCAGGAUGACCAAUCAAGAGAAGAUGGAAUUGGACCUCGAAAUCCCAUCUUCACUAGUUCAGAGUGAAGGACAACUGAGACGUUCCAACAGCGCCCCAAUGAUAAAUGGCUUAAGUGACAAUUCCCAGGUGUUCCAGAGCGAGUUUCUAUGCAGCAGGAGAAACAGCACCGCUGUUGGCAACCGCCCUAAUAUAGUCCCUUCAUCGCCCAUUCGCGUCCCCAGCACGAGGCUUCAUCAGCUCAAACAGGAGGAAGGUGUGGAUGUGAUGAACAGAGAAACUGCCCAUGAACGGGAGGUUCAAGCAGCCAUGCAGAUUAGCCAGUCCUGGGAGGAGAGUCUGAGCCUGGUGAGGAAUGAUGACGCUCCCAUGAGCGACAAUGACUUUGAGAAAUCUGCAUCAUCGUCUCCAAAGCGGAUCGACUUUGUGCCCGUGUCCCCAGCUCCAUCCCCUACUAGAGGGAUAGGGAAGAAGCAGUGCUUCUCCCCUUCAUUGCAAAUCCUGGUGAGCAGCAACGGCCUAUCCCCCAGCCCGAUACCUAGCCCAACGCGACGCUUCGGCCGGCGGAGCCAAAGCCCCAUUAACUGCAUCAGGCCCAGCAUCCUGGGAUCCAUCAAACGUAAAGGGGAGAUGAUGGAGACGGAGAGCCAGCCAAAGAGGCUCUUCCAGGGGACCACUACCAUUCUGUCCUCUGACGUGCUCGUGCCCCAAGUCCAACUGCCAGACUUCACCUCCUGUCUCUCUCCGCUGGACGGCAGCCUCAGCAGUGUGAGUUCUUCCACUGGCUCGCCAUCCAAGAUGGAGGGAAUUUCUGAGUCUCCUUCCUCCAGCAACUCUCCCUUCAACCCCCUCCAGGACCACUCCCCAAAAUGAACAAGGGAACGUGAGACUAAACAAGAGUGAAGGCACAAAAUCCACCAACUGUACGACCCCCCCCCCAUCACUUUGCUUUUGUUAAUGUGGGAAUCCCUUCCCGUGCUGUUUGCUUUCGCUACGCUGUUUGCUAGGGGAGGAGAGUCUAGGUGUGUUUGCAUUGAAAGGAAACCAAAGCCCUGGAUGUGAGCUGUGGACACACCAUGCUGUAGUAGGAGAACAGCAGCUAGAUAUGGAUCCUUUACAUGGUGCUGCUUAGCCCCACAGUGAUCAGAACAGCCACGUUGUCUACCCUGCAUCACAUCACUGUCAGCUUCCAGCCCCAUCCCCUACAUCCCUUCCAGCAACACACUGGGGGGACUGAGCACUGGAUGGAGAAUGACUGCUGAGAUGUGGAGAAAGAUGCUCACUAAGUCAGUUUUCCUGUUUUUCUUUUUGAUAACACAUUCUCCAAGCAUUUUUGGUGUAUGUGCACAAAAUUGUCUGCAGGUCUUGUAUGAAUGAAAGGAUUUAACUUAUUGUUUUUCCCGCUUAGUUUUGUAAGUAUGUACAUUUUUCAUGUCAAUGUAUCAUUAUUAGUUUUAUAGGUUUGUGAUUGGCUGAGAGAUGAAGGCAGACACAGGGCUUCAACAGCGAACUGACAAUUCUCUCAAGGGAGUGGAGUGGAAAUGCUAUGAUCUUACUACUCUUCCAGGGGUGUGAAUAUGGCUAUCUACUAAUAAUAUGGUGGCUAUCUACUUGUACUGAAAGAGGAAUAGUUUUCAGUAUAUAUCCUCAGUAGUAACCUAGAUGUGGGGUAUCGUUCUGGUUAAUUUUCUGCUUUUGGAUUUUAUGUCCCCCCUCUGGCAUGAUGUAACUAUAUAUAGUUGCCAGUGGGUUGGGUCAUGGCCACCCAUCAUCCCUUCAGAUUUCACUAGGAAGGGAACAGGGUAAGGGGGGGGGGGCCACUGUCAGGAUUGGAACACUACAGACUGGGAUCUCUGAAUACUGUGUCUGCCUGGAUAUUUCUGUAGACAUGCAGGAUGUGCAACCAAAUUAGUUUUGACUUCUUUAGCUUUUAGGAGAAAAUAUUUGUUUUCAUGUUUUGAAGCCACUUUAUGUAAAUUAAAUGGAGUUUUUUUUUUUCUAGCUCACCCUAUUCUCCCUGUAUACUCUGCUUUAGGAUGAGCACAAUGCGGUAGUGGACAGAACAACAUGGUGCCAUUCAGUGAGUGGUGUUAUGUUCGUCUACUGUGGUCAACAUUUGGCAUAAAAUAUUUUAGUGCAAAUUGUCACUGGAUUGGUUGGUUAUGAAUAACAUUGGCAAUGAACAUUUCAUAAGUAAUACCAAAGAUUCAGGGAACUGUAAAGGCAAACCUCAGUUUUACACUGACAAAUGCAUUUUAAGGCCACUGUAAAACAUUUGGCUAAGUAAUUUCAGUUCAACUUGUUAGAAUGAUCUCUUAAAUUGAUGUUUUAAAUUGAUGUUUUCCCCUCGUACAGUGUAUGGCGUCUUACAAAGGGAGUGGGAGACUCGUGCAAGAGUGAUUGUAAUCCUUGAUAUAUUUUUAAAUGGUAAAUGAAACUGUGUUAGAAAUACUGAAUGUAUUUUUCUUUAAGAAAAAGUGCAAGCUGGUCGAUCAGGUGUGCUUGCACUGCUGUCAACAUAAUUGGUGUGUUGUGAUUAGUUUGUCAAAUGUUUUUAUCCUGUACAUUUGAAUUAGUCUGGGGCACGAGAUGGGCAAAGUAAAUGAAGUGUAUAUGUACGUGAUGGGAGGAUUGUAGACUUAGACCGCUUGCCAAAGCCUUUUCAUUUCAACAGGAGGGUAAAUAAAUAGUCUAUUUCCAUUCAA